UUGGGACUGGUGGGCGCAACGACGUCGUUUACCAACUUCCUAUUUCUCAGUUUCCUCUAUCCAACGUUUGAAUCCUUGAACUGGAGAGAGAUCGGUUGGAAAACUCGAAACCUACGAAGAUCGAAAGUCCAAAAGCUAAGAUGACAAUUUGGUCCCUGAGAUAUGUAAUUAUUGUAACAUUAUCGAUUUUGUGGAACAUAGAAGGGACAAUUGGGAUUAGGUUUGUGAUUGACAGAGAAGAGUGUUUCUCUCACCAUGUUCAGUACGAGGGUGACAGUGCUCAUGUUUCUUUCGUUGUCAUUAAGACCGACACCGCGUGGCGUGAAGGCGACCAGGGUGUUGAUCUAGUGAUUAAGGGGCCUCAUGGUGAGCAUAUUCACGAUUUCAGUGACAAGAUCAGUGGGAAGUACGAGUUUUUGGUUCAAAAAAGGGGCCUCUACCGCUUCUGCUUUACAAACAAAUCUCCUUAUCAUGAAACCAUAGACUUCGACUUAUAUGUUGGCCAUUUCGCAUACUUUGAUCAGCACGCAAAGGAUGAGCAUUUCAACCCCUUGUUGGAACAGAUCUCAAAGUUAGAGGAUGCUCUUUACAACAUCCAGUUUGAACAGCAUUGGUUAGAAGCUCAAACUGAUCGGCAAGUAAUAGUGAAUGAAGGAAUGAGUCGAAGGGCACUCCACAAGGCAAUGAUUGAAUCAGUAGCACUGGUUGGGGCCAGUGUCCUCCAGGUAUAUCUCAUGCAACGCUUGUUUGAACGAAAGAUUAGCACAUCCAGAGUGUAAGACUUUCGGCUUCGUGGGGGGUAUUUUUUGGUUUACAAACUGAUUUCUAACCUCAUGAAUUUGUUUUCUUCCUUGACGGCUUUGUUGUUGCCCAGCAUAUGCUGAGUCCAAUUUUGUUCACACGCCUAACAAGUUGCGUGAACAAAACACUUUGUGAUUGGUUCUAUUUUGAAUGGGUCAUUAAACUUUCAAAUGGGGUUCACCACUCUUUUUGAACCAAUCAAGUGUGUUUUGCUGUGUGUGAGUGUGAAUAAAACAAUUUUCAGCAUAUGCUUACAGAUUUAUAUCAUGUAUGCAAUCAAGCUGGGUGAAAGUUGUUAGUGCACGAAAUUAUUCUUUUUCUUUUUUUUUUUUUAACAUUUUCUUUCUCUCUUGAAUGAAAUUAGAUUAUUUUUUGAACCUCUCACUCUCUAGGGUAAUUCAAUUGAUUGUUCUGCUUUUACAUGGUCUUUAUAAAAUAUUUGGUUCCCUUACAAUGGGCAGUCUUUGAGACACGAAUGUAGCCAGCCGAUCUCAGGUAGUAUGGAAAGAAGAGAUACGUACACACAGAUAAUAUACAUGCACACAGAUAACAUAUCACAAUAACCAAACAGAUUUCAUCAAAAUGUGGAAGCCAAAAAAAUCACAAACAUAAGUUGCAGAUUAUAUAAUAAAAGAAUGAACAAAGGAAUGAAGCAGCCAAAUGAUUUUAACACAACACAAUCAUUUUAACAUAACUUGCAGCUUAUAUAAUAAAAGAAUGAACUAGCCAAAUGAUGAUUCUCAAAAUCAAGCAAGAAAACAAAACGCUAUCAUUUUAACAUAAUAAUUGUCUCAACUAAGCUCUCAAUGGCAUUGAGUUUAAA